UACGGUUUUCACUCCAGCACGGUAGAUGGCGAUAUGCACAUUUAACUUACUAACUAACCUUAGAAAACAGAACGAAGAAGAGGAAGAAUGGCCGCGCCGCAAGUGAAGAAAUGAACAAUAAGUAGCUUGAAGAUUUUCUGUUUCUUUUGUUAAUUCUGAACCGGUCAGAAUGAGUCUAGCCUUCAGUAGAGCGCCGCGUAAGACGGCGGGGAACCGCAUGUCCAAGUUGCUGGACGCCGAAGAAGAAGAUGACUUUUACAAGACGACCUACGGUGGAUUCAAUGAUGAAUCGGGCGAUGACGAGUAUAAAGGCGAUCAGUCGGACACGGAAGACGAGGUGGACAGCGACUUCGACAUCGACGAGGGAGACGAGCCGGACAGCGAACAGGAGGAUGACGUGCCUCGCAAGAAGCGGAGAGUCGUCACCAAGGCCUACAAGGAGCCCAUAAAGGUGGUGAAGCCCAAGCCCAAACCCAAGAAGCCGUCAGAACCGCCCCGCAAGGCCGAACGGACCAAGGCCGACAAACACCUGCCCCUGGAGCUGCAGGAUGACCUGGGAGAGGGUCGUAAGUCCGUGCGGCAGUCCACCACGGAGCACACGCGCAUGACGUACCUGCGCCUGCAGGAGAGGCAGGUGGCCCCGCGCCGCAGGAAGGGGGCGCACCACGACCGGCCGCUCACGCAGGACGAGGUGCUGGCCGAGGCCAAGAUCACCGCCGAGAUCAACCUGCGCUCGCUGGAGAACUACGAGCGCCUGGAGGCGGAUAAGAAGAAGCACGUGGAUAAGAAGAGGCGGUUCGACGGCCCCACCAUCCGCUACCACUCCGUCCUCAUGCCCAUAGUGAGCGACUCCCACCUCAAGGAGGAGACCGUGGACGUGGAGGGGUUGGACCAGGACACUCCGCAGGCCCUGCCCACCGCCCUGCCCUCUUCCUCAGAAGCAGGUCCUGCCCCCUCCUCCUCCUCCUCCUCCUCCUCGUCCUCCUCCCCGCCGGCCCCGGGGGGUCUGUGCUCACGCACCUACGUCACGUUCAGCAGCGACGACGCCUUCGACCUGGUGUUCCCCGACGUGGUCCCGCCCCGGCCGCCCGUCCAGGAGGUGUGCCCGGUGACCCACAAGCCCGCGCUGUACCGCGACCCGGUCACCGACAUCCCCUACGCCAACACGCGCGCCUUCAAGAUCAUCCGCGAGGCCUACAAGAAGUACGUGGCGGCCCACGGGCUGCCCAACGCUUCCGGAAGCUUCUCCGGCGAUGGCGGCUCCAGGGCGGGCCGGCAGAAGAUCGUCAUCAAGCAGAGCAUGUCGGCCACUUAGCGGGGGCGGGGGUGGACACACGCCCGCCCCCGGGACCCCUCGAAACUCCCCCCCCCACCUUCCUCCAGCCAGUCAUCACUCUGACUCCUUUCUCUGCUUUCAAAUUCCUUUUGAUCAUUGUUAAAAAAAAAGAAAAAAAAGAAAAAACAGGAUCACUUCUGACUUCCUGUCUGUACUUCCUGUCUCCUCUGUGCUUGUUUGUGAGAGUGUGGGUACCAGGCUGCCAUUUCUCUGUUUUGUCCCUGGAUUUGAUGGCCACCAGUAGAAGGCCCCCGUAGAAAGGAUGAAAGUCCCAUCCUGGCUUUGAGACGGGCGGACGGACGGACAAAACGUUAAAUCGGAUCGUUUGGGCAAUCUUAUUUUCACAUUUCUUGUUUUCUGCGAUAAUAUUUAUUGCUCUUUUAAUUUUCAGCAGUUGAAUUAAUUCACCACUAGAUGUGACUGGUGAAACUAGCUUGAGGUUUGAGGUGUUGACCAAACUGGAGGUCAGGAUAUCAGGAGGACUUGGGUGGGACUUCUGUCCUUUCUGGAGUGGCCGUCCAGUAACAACUGGAUUCGGUGUUCUGCUCCGAUGAGUCGUCUGUGGCAGUGACCUACAGCGCCCCCUAUGGGAGGGGCAGAAUCACAUACUUUGAGGAGCCUGUUCUGUGAAAGCAUCUGUGGGGAAAAUUGCAGUUCAGUUUAUUGAUUUUUAUUCUAGGUUAUGUUUCAUGCUGUGUUUAUAAAAACAUAUUUUUUAGGUUGUAAUGUGUUGACAGUUUUACCCGCCCUGUUUGCUGGUUAAAUACGCAACUCUAAUCAGAGUUAAUUGGCAGCUGCACUGUAUAAGAGGAUAAUGAUGUCUGUUGAGCUCUGUCAGAAGCGCGUCUCCCCUCCGGCGCAGAAAAACGAACGAACGAAUGAAGAAAUAAAAGCCUUUUACAUGGAAA